CGUUUCAUGAAUAUUUCUUUCCUCUUUCAGAAUCAAUUGUGGAAUCUUUUGUUAUUAGCUUCGUCUAAUGGUGGUAUCUAGGGAUGGAACCCUUUCUUCCACCGAAUUCUACGUUGCCGCUUCUGCUUUUUCUGAGCAAUGGAGGAAAUUCAACUCCGCUCUUCGUCAGUGGUCGUGGGUUCCUUCUCCGAAACGGCCCUGGAUUUCGCAUAACCAAGUGAAUUAUAUGGAAGAAGGGUAUUUAUCUGUGGAGAAUGUGAUUCUUCCCGAGUUAAAUGAGGAAGGUCAUAGAGAUGGGGAUCUGAUAGAGAAAGAAGAAUGCGGUUGUGCAGAGGAAGAUGAGUUCAUCGAUGCUGCUGUUUUAAUUCAAAAUGACGAUGCCGGAGCGCGCCAGUAUGAUUUCCAUGUUGUUUACAGUGCUUGUUAUAGGGUUCCAGUGCUAUAUUUUCGUGCUUACUGCAGUGACGGGCAGCCUCUGCUGUUAGAUGACAUCAAAAAGGACUUGCCGCUUAACUCUGUAGAACAACUAACUAGAUCCCGGUGGCUGUUUAUAACUCAGGAGGAGCACCCGCAGCUGAACCGACCAUGGUACACUCUGCAUCCUUGUGGGACAAGUGAAUGGAUGAAGCUGCUCCAACAUAACGACGAUUCAGCAGCUCAAGGUGAGGGGAUACCUGUGGACAAAUACCUCAUCUCAUGGUUCUCAGUAGUCGGGCAGGUGUUUGGUCUGAGAAUCCCUCUUGAGAUGCUGAAUCUUGGUGGUACACAGUGAUGUUCCACAGUUUGCUGAAAUAGGUUAUUGAAUGAAGUCUUGUAUGUAUGCUAUCCCUCAUGAAGUUCUUGGAAUCACUAGUUUUUUUGUACAGUCUUGUUCAUCCACGAUCAUUGAAUUUGAAAAAAAAAUCUAAUCAAUCUGAGCAUACAUCUACCAUUGUUGCUGAACAGAGGUUGCUGACAGAGUUGCUUAGAAACGCUUCAAGAGUUCACCUUGUCUACA